AUGUCAGGUCCUGCAUAUAGGGCUCGUACGCCUCACUGCCUACCACGAUCUCGCUCUGUUGAAAGAUUUGGAACUGUCGCAACCCUCACAAGAGUUGCUUCUGUACCAAAUCUCUCGAGUUUCCAUCCUGGAGGUGGGAGAUAUCAGGGAUCCACACUUUAUAAGUACAGAAAAAACUACGACACGCUUGAAGACUGGAACGUUGAUCGCUAUACAUUCUACACUCCCUUCUACUGGCCGACUUAUCGUUAUGCGGCUCGCCGCGCACUCUAUGUUGAUCCUAUUCCACACAGCCUUGGGUUCACGUACCCUGAUUACUGGACUCGUUAUAAGUGGUACGUGGAUUGGCUGAAUCCCACUUACUGGCGCCGCCAUCGCGAUCCCAACUACGACAGACCCCUGUGGAACAGUUGGCGACCAUGGCAAAUGGACAGGUCCAACAUUAAGCGCGCUAUCGACAUGUAUCGCAAUGGUACUAUUGAUUUUGAAACCCUUGAUAAGAAGUGGAUUACACCAUCGGCAUACGGUAGAUAUGGUAAAGACUGGGCUGACGUUUACCUCCCUGCUGCCCGUUAUGGAGCUCAUCGCUACUUCUACUCGUUCGCCUAA